AUGAAAGUUCAAGUAGAUAAAUAGCAAACAAAAGAUAUAUUAUAAAUAAAAUAAACUAAAAAUUCAUAAAACUAUAUAGAAUACACACAAGAAAACUAAAUGAAAAUUCCUUAAAAAAAUUAAUAAAUAAACGGUUAAAAUGAAAAACCCAAAACUGACAAAAAGAGAAAAACAAUUAAAAUAAAUACAUCAUUUUGUCGUUCAGAAUUAAAAUUAAUUCGAUAUUUAAUACAUAGAAAUAAUUGGAAAGAAUGUUUUGGGUUCGAAGGGAAAAUAAUGUGGAGCGGAUUAAGUAUAAAUUAAUAUGAUAUAAGUUCUGUAUAUGGGAGUUUGAAUGUAAAUCGAAUUCCGGAAAUAUAAGAGCUGGCCCAUAAGAAGACUACAGGAUAUUUUUUGAAAUUAUUUAAGGAUUAUUUUCCGGAUUAUUUUGAUUUUUUUCCUUUAACUUUUUUACUGCCUGAGGAUUUCUCAGAUUUAAAAAAAUAUAUGGGCUCUCAUCCGAAAGAAAUGUUCAUUUCUAAACCAAGUUCAGGAUGCUAAGGGGAUGGAAUCAAACUUAUUUAGAGUGUAAAGGAUGUUCAACUUUAAUUUAAUUAUUCUCAAUAAUAAAUUAUUAUUUAAUAGUAUAUAAGUAAUCCACUUAUUAUUGAUAAGAAAAAAUUUGAUUUAAGACUUUAUGUACUUAUUAGUUCUUUAGAUCCGUUUGUUGUAUAUUUACAUGAUGAGGGCCUUGCUAGAUUUUGUACUGAAGAUUAUUAAAAACCUUAGUAGUAAAAUAUUAAUAAUUUCUAUAUGCAUUUAACUAAUUAUUCAUUGAAUAAAUAAAAUCCAAAUUUUAAAGUUAUUUUUUUUUUUUUUUUUAAAUAAUUUUUUUUUUUUUGUGAUCUUUAGUUACCUUAAGAAAGUGAUAUUAAUAAUAUUAAUGAUUGCUCGAAAAGAUGCCUUUAGAGUCUUUGGAAAUCUUUAGAAAAAGAAGGAUAUUCGAAAGAUAGUAUUUUAGAAUAAAUUGAAGAUUUGGUUGUGAAGUUUAUUAUUAGUAUGUACCCUUGCUUACUUUAUAAUUAUAAAAUAACUUUUAAUAAUAAAAACACAAAAUGUUUUCAUGUAUUAGGAAUAGAUAUUUUAUUAGAUAGAGAUGGAAAACCAUGGUUUUUAGAAGCAAAUGGAAAUCCUAGUUUUAAUAUAGAACAUGAAGUUUUAUAAAAUGAUGGGAACAAACUCAAAGAAAUAAGUUUAUUAGAUAAAUAUGUAAAAAGUUAUGUAGUUGAGGAUGUAAUAUUAAUUACUAAUUAAAAAUUAGAGAAAUAAAUGAAAAUAGGUGUUGGAGGUAAAUUUAAUGGAUUUAAAUAAUUAAUAUGUGGGGAUUAAGAUAUAAUUAAUUAAAUGGAUAUUUUUAUAAAAAUGCUUAAAAUAUAUGGAAAAUUAAGUGGGUUUUAAUUUAGAAUUUUAACUGCUAGUAGAUUUUCAAAAUUAUCGAAUUUUUAAGGAAUGAUGAAUUAGAUUGUCACAAAAAACGAUUAUGAUAUCAUUUAUAAAAAAAUUAUGAGAAAUUAGUUUGAAUAAACUUAAAUGGGAUUCUUUGAAUUUGUUAAGGCUCUUGAAUAUUUGACUAGCAAAUUGAAUAGUAAUGAAUAUUAAGAAAAUAAUAAAUUACCGGCUGUUUAAAAAAUAGUUAAUAAUAUUAUUAGCCAAAUUUAAUGA